AUGCUGCAGUUCGAAGGCGUUGCGGUGCUCGCGGAUCCCAACAGUGACUUGGAGGCAGAGCUUCGGCAGAUCAAUCCGGCCUCCCAAACUCCAGAUGAGCAGCAUCUAAAAGUCUCGGAUCCUUCGCGGGUGGUAUUUCUGGGGCACCAGAUCGUGCUCUUGCCGCUGCGGCCGCUGCGGCCGGGAACUUCGUACAACCUCACCUUGCCAGCUGGAGUCGUGCGCCAUUUUGAUCAGCCCUUCUGGUUCGUGUUCACGACGCGCCCAGAGGAUCAGGUUGCACCAAGCAUAGUCUGGACGUGGCCGGACAUGUCAGUCUCCAAGCUGGUCAUCGACAGGAUGCUCGUUCACCUGUACUUCUCGGAGGAGGUGCAACCAGGGAUGUCGAAGAUCUUCCUGCUGGAUGAUAUGGGGAGCGAGAGGUGCCUGAUCUGGCAGGGGUUACUGUGA